AUGGAAAAAGUCUGGUUCAAGCUCCGUCAAACCGAUUAUCCUCCUCCCCCAGAGGACACCAUCCUCCGCGGUGACGGCGAUGAUUCCAUUGCCCCUCUCUGUCUAGGCCACUUGGUCUCCAAUCUCAAAACCCUCGACUUCCCUCUCAACGCUGAUUCAAUCCUCCCCUUCCCCCCACGCAUGCGCGUCUUUUGCAACACUAGUCUCAACUUCACAUGGGAUGAUACCAGAUUAAAGUCUCCGGGCACUAAUCUCGCUGCCGGCGCGCCGAUUCUUGCAGCAACUGGCGUCACAGCCAAGGCGAGUCUGCAGUUUGCGUUUAUGAAGGCUGUGGAGAGCCAUGAGGCGUAUGAUCGACUGGAUACGUAUAUAGUGCAGCCUACGAAGGGGUAUAUCGAGGAUUGUCUAGAGCAAGAUCAGUUGAAAGCCUACGUCAAGGGAAAAGUCUCGUGGUCCAUGUUUAUGAUCACAGGCAUCAAGGUCGCCCGUGCGGGGAAGCGGGAAGUGCAGGAAGAGACCAACGUGGCAGCUGACAUCGGUCCAGAACUUGACCUUCCAUUGGUUGCUACAAUGCGGGCUACAGCCACCAACAAACGCAUCGCCUCCCAGCGAGUUUCUGGGGAGCACGCCGGAGACUUCAUCUGGGCUAUCCGCCUUGCCAAGAUCCACAAGGGCUUACUGAUGAAGGACUGGUCAGUGGACCCGUACACCAAGAGAGCUACGUUUGCAGGUGGUGAUGAUAGUGAGCUAAAUGUUGAGAGCGUAUUGCGGGACGAGGGCUUGGAGGGUUUUACCAUUGUCGAGGAUGAUGAGCUUGACGAAGUUGUGAUCUUGGAUGAAGGCCCGGGAAACUAG